AUGCUGCCCAUUGAAGCAGGCCCGCUGGUGGGGCAUUCGCGGUUGAUAGUUCAUUCGCGUCCAUCCACUUCCGUGGCGGCUCCUCAGCCACAUGUUUGCAGAGGACAAUCUGCCAUCAUUGGUGGCACCGCAGUAGCAUGCGCCCGUUAUUUGGCCCAGCGGAGGUCAAGCGCGUGCCGCGCGAAAGGCAAGACCACUCGACAAGCUGGAGGUGAGGAGAUCCUCGAAGGGCUGGCUCAAGAGGUGGUCGGUGUUCGACAGGGAGUUCGGCUGUUGUUGGCGGAAGGGUUAGGUGCCUGUUCCGCAAACGGCUUCACGCAAAGGCAAAAGAUGAUAAAAGAGGUGGAACACUUAUUUGGUGUGUUGUUGCGAGACUUGAGAGCGCCGGCAAGCAACAAGGGCUUGACUGAGGAGGAGGGCAUCCAACUCCGCCUUUUCAGGGUGAGCCUCGAUUUCCUGUCAGGUCUCGACAGGUUGGAAAGAUGGACACCGGAUGAGGACGGCGAGAACAGUGUCUCCAUCCAGAUCUUGAGAGGACAGAGGGCCUAUUUGCCGGCAUCUCUCUGGAAUGUGGGGCUCUUGGUUUGCUUGAAGAAGCGCCCUGUGGAGGAUGAGGCGUCUCGGUAUGCGAUCACCUUUGGGGAGGUGGCACUCCUUCAUAUAGGUGGCAGGGAGCUCGGCGCCCCCCGGGCGCUCGGCGGUUUUACGGUGCCGGAGCUCGUGGCAGUGGCCCAAGGCCUUCCGAAUGCAGAGCUGGUGGCCUUGAGUGAUGUUCUGCCAGAGGAGCUGAGGAAAGAGAAUGAAGCGGCCACGCUGGUCAUCCGGAAUGGUGCAUCAGUGUUUCUGGGCAAGGGCGCAGCCAAUGACUUCAAGAACAGAAGGCGCUCCUGUAUGACAGCAAGUUUUGGGACGCACGGCGGUCCAAGACCCUCCACAAGCGAGCUCGACACAACCUCGUCUUCGGCGAUCAGGGGGUAG